CAGAGGUUGGUUGCGCUGUUGUUUUCAUGGUUUGGUUGCAGUGUAGUUUUCACCGUUACCAGGCAGCGGAGAGAUUAUAAUGGCGCACACGUUGUUUGUUGGCAGUUGAAGUAAACAAUCUGGACCUUAUAUUCUCAUCUUUAUCCUCAUGCCUUACCUCACAUGCGCUACACUGGAUGAAUACUUUCCUUAUAGUGGUCAUCACUGGAUAAACCCAUCAUGUCUACGUCCAGUGAUCUCAGAGAGAAGCUGCGGAAGAAGAGGAGGGCACUUCAGGACUCUUUAGUAAAAGUAAAAGAUGAUACCCAGGCUUUGGUUCCUUCCGACUCUGAUGGGACUAAGAAGCAUGAUCACACCAUGGUGGAGGAACUGUCCUGCAGAGAGGAGGACCCAGGUGAAACCCUCCGCCAAUCACUCAAAACCCAGAGAAUGAAGAAGAAAAAGAAGCUGUUAAAAGAGAUGUCUGGCGAGGCUCCUCCAGAAGACGAGGUGAUGGAGAAGGUAGAGACAGUCGUGCAGGUGCUUCAGGAAGAGCAUUUAGAGGAUGUGCACGCAGAGGGGGGACGCUCAGUUCGAUUUAAGACAGAUCGUCCUCCUCUCCCUGGACUGUCCAGUCUCUCUGAGAGCUCGGUGAGACAGCGCAUGAGAGAGAAGCUCAAAGAGGCCAGGUCCAAAGCUGCCAGUCUGUUGGAGCAGGAGCCACCCGGUCGUCUGCCCAGUCUCCGGGAUAAAGUUACAGUUCCUCAGUUUGAUCAAGAGCCAGACACUGAUAUCAGUCAGGACGACUCUUCCUUUGCUGCGAGGGUAAAGUUCCGGGAUGCAGCAAGACAUACCAUUAUUGACAAAAAGGCAGACAGUGGGUUGCCCACUGCUGAGGAGGCUUUCAACUUUUUUACUUUCAACUUUGACCCUGAACCUGAAGAAAUGGAAGACAAAGUUGAAAAGAAAAGGCUGAAGAGAGGAGAAAGGAAAGAGGAGGAAGAGGAGGGAAGGGAGGCGGAAGAAGAAGAGGAAGAAUCACAGAAGGAAGAAGAACGUGAAGCAGAGGAGGAGCCUAGAGAGAGGGAUGAAGAUGCUCCUCUGGUCAGAGAUGAAGAGGAGGAUCUCUUCAUCAUUGAUCAGGACUUUCUGGAAGUGAAGAAGGCGGAGUAUGUGGAGUACAACAGGCGCAUGCAAAGAGAGAGAGAAAUUUUCUUCACCCCCAGUGUGACACCAGUACCUGCUUCCAGUAAGCUUCCAGAGAAUGUGCAGCCUCGAUACCUGGAGGAAGAAGGGCUGUAUGUUGGGGAGAGGCCGUACGUCUCACUGUACAAUCAGAACAUCCUGGAGAACCGCAUUCUGAAGCAGGAUCAGGGUAAGAAGUGGUUUGGAGAUGAUGGGCGGAUUAUUGCUCUUCCUAACCCUAUUAAAGAGUCCUCUUCGAGACCACCACUUUUCCAUCUGGAGGAAGAGUUGGAGCCAGCACUGCAGACUUUUUACAGGAAGGCACUGAAGUCCAAGUACAUCAACCGCUACAUUGUUGGAGUCGAAAACUCAGACGGAGACUACCAGCUGGACGUGGAUGUCGCUGGGCUUAUAUUUUCCCAUCAUCCUCUGUUCAGCAGGGAGCAUGUACUGGGGGCCCGUCUGACCCAGCUGUACGACCAAUACCUGAGCAGAAAGCACAAAAACCUCACGUGCCUCCUCACUGAUAAGUUGAAUGGUUUAAGGAACACCAUUCAGAAUAUGCUGGAACUGCAUAAUGGCGAGGGCAUCAGUCUUGUGACUCAACAAAGAGUAGCAGAGUACAAACAGGAAGUGAGACACACUCGUCAGCUUCGAGAUUUGGAGCGAGAGAGAGACAGAACUUUGUUAAAGAGCAUCAUCAAAGUAUGGAAAGAGCUGAAAGCACUGCGGGAAUUCCAGAGGUUCACCAACACACCGUACAAACUCUAUAUCAGGAAAGAAGCAGUGGAUCGAGCUCUGGACGAACGUGAACAUGAGAAUGACAUCCUGGCAGAGGUGGCAGAGUUGCGGAUGGAGAUGAUGGAAGACUUUGAGAGGAGGAUGAGUGAGUACAGGAAACACCUGGAGAAGUGGAAAUCCUGGAGAAGAAAGCAGAAGGCUGUAAAAAAGAAGAAAAAGCAACAGCCUCAGGAUGAUAAUGAAGAUGAGGAAGAGUGCAGUGAGGAAGAGUUAGAAGCGGAACCAGUAAAGCCAGAGCCCCCAGAGAAACCAGACUUGGCCAGUCUGGAGCAGCAGGUACGAGAGAAAGCUGCCAGGAUUCGCAGGAAACCCGGGGACUCGGUUUUGAUUCCGGAACUUACUGUCUCCGGUCCAGUCACUCCCAAUGAGCAAUGUCCACGUGGUGAAUUAGCGCGGAGGGAAGAUGUGGCCAAGCGUUUACUCUUCAUCAAAGUUUUGUACAACGAUAAAGAAGUUUCCAGAACAGACAGUCGCCUGCUCAGCAUGGACUUCAGAGUUCACUUCGGCCAGAUGUUCAACCUGAAGAUCAUCAACUGGCCCGAAAGCAUCAAACUGCAGGUAUACGAAAGUGCCGGUUCAUUCUGCGAUUUGCUGGCUGAGGUGUGCGCACCAGUUCCAGAACCUUCUGCGCUAACAGGAAGUGCUUCAUAUGAAGAAAUGGAGUUCAGCAGCAACCAGAGAGUCAGCUUUAAUCAUGAGGGUGUCGGCAGUGACGUGCCCAUUUCUUUCACGGCUGACGGCAGUAACAGGCAGACCUUGCUGACCUCUGGAAAACUGUCCUGCUGUGUAUCAUGGGCCGUGGGGGAGGACGACAUGCCCCUCGCUCCCCCCUUUGGCCAGUCUGGAGUGGGCUUACAUAGUGGACUGAAGCAGCUGGAUGCUAUAGCAUGUAUUGGAGCGUCUGGCCUGAAUGAUAUGAAGAAGCUGGGAAAAUGGGCAGCCGAGUCUCGCCUCGACCCAAAUGACCCCAACAAUGCCUCCAUAAUGCAGCUGCUCUCAGUGGCGAGUGGAGGGGAGAUGGCAGUACCUGACUAUUUCCGACUGGAGCAGCUGCAGGAGGAGUUUAAUUUUCUGUCCGAUGAGGCACUGGAGCGCUCCCGCCGCUUUCGCCUGCUCAGGCUGAGGAGUCAGGAGGUUCCAGAGUUUCGACAUUUAAAAUCUGUUCCCUCCUCCGAGCGCGAGAUCUCGGAGAAAGUGUUUGAGGAUUAUGAGCAAAGGCUAAAGGAAGGAGAAGAGGUCGACACAAAGGAGCACAUAGAUGCACACAGAGCGCUGGUGGCCAAGUACUUACAGAAAGUUCGAGAGUCUGUAAUUAAUCGCUUCCUUAUAGCGAAACAUCAUUAUAUCCUGUCCGAUGUAAUAGUGGAAGAGGAAGUGCCGAGCAUCGGGAUUCUGGGCCUUAACCUCUUUAAGCUGGCCGAGCCCAAACGGCCUUUAAAGCCACGAAGAAAAGAGAGGAAGAAAGUGACCGCUCAGAACCUCCGUGACGGAGACAUUAAACUCCUGCUGAACAUCAUCAGAGGAUACGACAUCCCCGUCCGCAAACCUUACACCAGUAAACCUGCAGCAGCGUCUAAGAGCACACGCCCAUACACUGAAGCAUUUGCAGCAGUUCAGUCCUCUCAGACAGCACUGCAGGGUGGUGAGUGGCCUCAGGGCCAGCCUUUGAUCCGGCCCUUUGUGGAGGUUUCUUUUCAGCGCACGGUGCUGCAGACCUCAACAGCUGAGGGACCAAACCCCUGCUGGAAUGAAGAGCUGGUGCUGCCAUUCAGUGCUCCGAAUGGAGAUUAUAGCACCUCGAGCCUGCAGGCUGUAUGUGACGAAGUCUUCAUCAGCGUCUUCGAUGAGGUUCUCUAUGAGAUGGUGGAGGAUGAGAGAGAAAGAGGAAGCAGCAUUUACACUCGCAUAGAGAGACACUGGCUAGGCUCCAUCAAGAUUCCAUUUAGCACCAUUUAUCUGCAGUCACGGAUUGACGGGACGUUUAAAGUGGCCACACCGCCGGUGCUGCUAGGCUACAGUAAGGAGCGGAGCUUGGGCACCGAGGGUGGCUAUGAUGCAGUCAGGAGUCUAAGUGAGGGCACCUUCCUUACACUCUUCAUCACUAUCGAGCCCCAGCUGGUACCUGGAGACCCUGUUAGAGAGAAGUUUGACAGCCAGGAGACGGAGCAGCUGCUUUUGGCUUGUGAGAGCUUUGAGAAAGAUGCAGGUCGCCGCUUUCCUGCUCGACCCUGUCUCACCACUGUUGUGGAUAUGAAUGGCAAAAGAGUCUUCAUAACCCGUUUUAUACGAGCCCUUACACCUCCACAGGAGCUGCUGGAUGUCUUCCCUAAUAAUCCACAGGAAGCCACGGAACUGAUUGCUCGAUACGUUUCUCUGAUUCCCUUCCUGCCAGACAGCGUGUCUUUUGCAGGCAUCUGUGAUUUAUGGAGUACCUGCGAUCAAUUUCUGACACUGUUAGCUGGUGAUGAGGAGGAACACGCUGUUCUACUCUGCAACUACUUCUUAUCCAUGGGGAAAAAGGCCUGGCUUAUCAUAGGAACCGCCAUCCCGGAGGGCCAAACAGCAUACGUUUUGAGCCAAGAACAAAACCGCUUCCUGAUCUGGAAUCCCAGUACGGGUCAGUACUAUGGACAGUAUGACACUUUCUGCCCCCUACAGAGUGUUGGAUGCCUGGUUAAUGCAGACAAUGUAUGGUUUAACAUCCAGACGUACGCUUCUCCAAUGAGGAUGAGCUUUGACGUCACCAAACCAAAGUGGUGGAAGCCUUUUUUCUCCAGAACGUUUCGUGAUCCCGGUCUGUCCAGCGUACAGCCAGAGGAGCUGAUAUACAGGCGCACUGACAAAGUAGCGGCUGCUGAAUUACAGGACAGGAUAGAGAAGGUGCUGAGGGAGAAGAUCAUGGAGUGGCGACCGCGGAACCCAACCCGCUGGAACCGCUACUGCACAUCUACAUUACGUCACUUCCUGCCCAAGCUCGAACUGAGCGGAGGCCGUGAGGUUGCUGAGGAGCAUCGACUCGAGCUGCAAAGCCUGCUGGGAGAUUACAGGAUCUCCGGCUUCCCUCUGCACUUCCCGUUCUCUGAGAUCAGACCGAUCGUGGAGGCCGUGUACAGCACCGGCGUCCAUAAGGUGGAGGCUCCCAAUGUGGAGUUUGCGCUGGCUGUGUACGUUCAUCCCUAUCCCAGUAACGUCCUCUCUGUGUGGGUCUACAUGGCCUCGCUGGUUCGCACACACUAGUGUUCAUGUCACUGUUUAGCCUCAGAGUUUUUUAAAUGUAGAUAUUUUUAUUCUGAGAGUUGUUUGGUUUAAUGUAGUAUAUGUAUAUAUGUAUAUAUGUAUAUAGUUAUACUCACUGGCCACUUUAUUAGAAAUACCUGCUAACCAGACAGGCAGGGAGGGAUGCGAGCUUCGGUUAUGUUUACCAUAAACUUUAUUAGUAAGUGAUCUUAAUUAUUUUAAACAAAAUACUACAAGAAACUAAAAACAUCUAGUGAGUGGCAACUCUGCGGGUGAAAAGGUCUUAUUUAAUGAGAAAAGUCAGAUAGUACUGACCAAACUGACAAACAUCUGAGACUGCAGUCGGCUUACUGUAAAGAAAUAGUUCAAAGUUUAAAGCACAUUUCCUGCUCAGAUUACUCGCAGCUUCCGCUCUGCACAUCAGCUGUAGUUUCAUGUGUUGUGCAUUCUUUCAUGUUUUUCUCUUUAGUCUAUGAAGGAUAUUUAUUUUAGAAAACCUUUGUCCACCUGUCAGCUCAAACCAGUGUGGUCACUCUUCUCUGACCUCUCUGAGAUAUUUCCUCCUGCAGAGCUGCUGCUGACUGGAUGGUUCUUUCUUUUUUGCAUUAUUUACUGUUAAUUCCAGAGACUCAUGUGAAAAUUCUGAGGGAUCAGCGAUUUCUGAGGCAAUGCAAGGCAAACGACCAUGGUCACGUUUCCUCAUUCUGAUGUGAACUGAAGCUCUUGACCCGUGUCUGUAUAAUUUCAUGUACUGCACUGCUGUCUGUUUUUGUAUUAAAAUAUUUUCAGUAAUCAUGA